CCGAAGGCGGGGGAUUUCCUGGGCGGAAGCGGCGGAGGCGGAGGGGGUUUCCACUGGUGACCCGAGCACCGUACCUCGCCGCAGUGCCCCGGACACCGCUGCCGGAGCGCCGUACCAUUCGCGACUAUUCCCGGCCCAGCAGAGAAGAAUAGCGGCGAGGAGAGCAGAGGAAGCGUCGUAUGAGGACCAUGAAGAGGCGAGCGACAGGUCGGCGGUUCGAGUCCCGCAGAGAGGCGCUGAGGAGCGGCUGAGCUGAUUCAUGUCAUGUCAGCCGGACGCAACGUUGACGGGAGGGAGGUGCAGGUUCCCCUCCAGCAGGCGGCGCCCUCCCUCAUUCCGCCCCUGUCUGCUGCCCCUCCCAUCACCCCGCUUCCCACCCGGCCGGCCAAUCCCUGGCCUCCGAGCGACUCUUCGCAAGGCGCGGCGGCGGGCUUCUUGCCGCUGGACGGCGGCUUCAAGGAUCACUUUGUGGACGUCCCCGAGGAGAAAUAUCUGUGCGAGUCCUGCCGACUGGUCCUGUGUCAGCCCCGGCAGACCGAGUGCGGACAUCGCUUCUGUCAGACCUGCAUUGCGCACAUACUCAGCCGCCCCAACCCCGUGUGCCCGGCCGAUAUGGAGCCCCUGUUCAGCAACAAGAUCUUCCGCGACGUCUGCUGCCAUCGGGAAAUCCUGGCGCUGAAGGUGUUCUGUCGCGCCGAGGCCAAAGGCUGUCAGGAGCAGAUGAGCCUGCAGCAGAUGCCCGUGAGCCCGACGCCGCCCCCCCAGAUGGCGCUCACCGACCUGCAGGUCAGCGCCCUUUCGCCGACCUUACUAUCCCAGCCGUGUGGGAUGCUAAGCUGCCGACCGAGCGUUUGUGUGUUUGUGCGUCAGAAACACAAGGAGACGGUGUGUCCGGCCUUCCCGGUGUCGUGUCCGAACCUUUGCUCCUUCUCGUCGCUGCCGCGGAGCGAGCUGGCCAGUCACCAGCACGAGUGCCCGAAAGCUCAGGUCAGCUGUCCCUUCCAGCGCUACGGUUGCACCUAUCGGGCGUUGAGCCAGGAGGUCCGGCAACAUGAAGCCGCAAGUGCCGGCGAUCACCUGAGGAUGAUGAUGCUGAAGAACGUCUCCUUGGAGAGCAAGGUGGAGGAGGUGAAGGGUGAGUUAUUGGACAAGUGCAAAGCCGUCCCUCUGGUGAGCUCUCGUCUUUGCGAGGCUGAGAAGCACAACGGCGAGCUGAGGGACAAGCACAGGCACAUGGAGCAGAAGGUGGCCUCCAUGCAGAAGGUGAUGAGCGCCCACUCGGAGAAGCUCCUGGAGAUCGAGCUGGGGCUGCGCGCUCUGGCCUCGCUGCCGGAGGAGCUGGAAAAGGUCCGGCUGUCGCUGGACGCCGUCCGCAGCAGGCUGGGCGCGCUCGAGCAGGGAGGACGCUCCGCCGCAGGAACCGUCACGCUGGCCUCGCUGGAGACUCAGCAGAACCGGCAGGGCGACAUGCUGAGCGUCCACGACAUCCGUUUGGCCGACAUGGACCUCCGCUUCCAGGUGCUGGAGACGGCCAGCUACAACGGGACGCUGAUCUGGAAGAUCCGCGACUACAAGCGGCGGAAACAGGAAGCGGUGGCGGCCAAGACCUUGUCGCUCUACUCGCAGCCCUUCUACACGGGAUACUUUGGCUACAAGAUGUGCGCCCGCGUCUACCUGAACGGCGACGGCAUGGGCAAGGGCACCCACCUGUCGCUGUUCUUCGUCGUCAUGCGCGGCGAGUACGACGCGCUCCUACCGUGGCCGUUCAAACAGAAGGUGACCCUGAUGCUGAUGGACCAGGGUCCGGCGCGCAAGCACCUGGUCGACGCCUUCAAGCCGGACCCCAACAGCAGCAGCUUCCGCCGCCCCGCCGCCGAGAUGAACAUCGCCUCCGGGUGUCCGCUCUUCGUCUCCCAGAGCGUCCUGGAGUCCGCCAGCUACACCAAGGACGACAACAUCUUCAUUAAGGUUACCGUGGAUACUUCCGACCUUCCUGAUCCAUGACCGUGUGCCGUGCCACUCGGGCCACGCCCACCCGGCGACGGCGGAGGAGGAGCCCGGUCCAGGUGACCGAUGGCGGGAGGGCGUGUCUUCUUCUUCUGAUUGGCUGCAUGUUUGCGGGCGCCGGUGUGCGCGUGCGCGAUGACUCUCGCCAGGCCGUCGCGGUCGCCGCCAGUUAUUGAUGCUGUGCAUCGAGCUUGACUUCCCGAUUGGCAAGGCAUGCUGGGAAAUCCACGCCCGGAGCCGAGGAAAGCAGCGUUGGCGUGGGAGCGCCCUCGACGUGGAUGUCGGAUGCGUGGAGGUGGGACGUGAACGUGGAAGUCAGGCGUGUGGACGUUCCGCUAUGGACCCGCUGACUUCUUCUGUAGGACUUUUUUUCACUCCACAAGUCCAAAUGACAGGAAAGACUUGCUAGUGUUGUUUUCGUUGUUGUGGUCGGUGGGAAUAAAUUUUCCUUUUUUUCCACAA